AAGAGAUGUAAACUGCAAAGCAAAACAGGUCACAAGAAGCAGCAGAGGAGGCGGCAUGUUUGGUGUGUGGCGGCGAGUGAUUCCUUCCUGUGUUCCUUCACGCCUUGCAACACGCCUGGGCCAAGGCAGGAUUGACAGCAAUUCAAGGGAGAAGGACAGCCAAGACAGCUUAGUGCAGUAUUGCACAAGUUAACUGUGUAGUGUAGAGAACAUGGAGGUGGAGAACAGCACACAAGACCUACCAGCCCCAGUGGCUGAUAAGAUGGACCUUGGGGAAGUAGUGUGGCAAGAACUGCUGGCUGGUAAUUAUGAGAAUGCAGUACAGGCAGUCAAGGCCAAAGAGAAUGAAGUAAGCCUUGAGAAUAACAGUCUGGAGUUGGUUCCUGUUGUGACUAAACUGCUGCAAGAGGAUGUGGGCCCAGAGGGGGAGCAGUGUGUGGAGGACAUCCUGCUGCACAUUGCUUCGGUGGCCAAUCCCAAGGAAGUUGUGCUGGUGUUUCUGGAGGUGCUAGAAAUGAAAUGGUCAGCUACUCAGGUGCGUGUCAUGCUGUCCCCUCUGCAGACAGUGCUGCUCCGCCAGGCCUCAUCCACCAACACCCGUGCAGUGACCUUCUCCUGGGUGUUUAAUACUUUGUAUUCUCAUGUAGCCACCUUGGAAACCCCACAAGGCCUUAACCUUGAGGGUAAGGAGAGGCACCUUCUGGACUUUGAUCCUCUCGUGAGGGAAGCAAGUGACAUCCUUCAACACCUCAUCCAGUUUUAUGAGGGAAUCUUCACAAGGGUGAUAAGUGGAGAGCUUGAAUGGGGAGGUGGGAAGGACUCAAGGGAGUAUCUUGCCAUGUUCCUGCUUCAACUGUUUCACAAGCCUCUUACCUAUCUAGAUGUGUUUGAUGAGAACAAAGGGGACACCUGUAAUGCUUUAUACCUGUCGUGUGGCCAUUUGGCCUCCAUGGUUGGCCAGCUGUUUUUCAAUGUGUUCAAGCUACUAGGCAGCGUAUCUUGGAAGUCUUCUAAAACUCUUCUGGCCUCUGAAUCAAAAGAGAUUGAGGAAAUGAAACCAGAAACACUUGAAGACAAUGAUGGUGAAGAUGACAGAGAAGGCAAGAAAGAUGAGGUGUCACAACUGUCCUUGGCCUGCUUCUUCUACUGUGUGGUGGGGCAGGAGAUGGCUGCAGAGUGGGUACCACAAGUCUACUCUCACCAGUAUGUGUUCCUGACCUGCUUGCCUUUGGUUAGUGCACUGCUGCAAGAGAAGGAACACAUCCCUAUUCAUAAAGGCUUGAUUCUGUCUGGUGCACUCCUAAACAAACUGGCAAGGCAUUCCCUCCCUGGUGACUCCUUAGAGGCACCAGCACACUCCUCCUUCCCUCAGCUGUUGGUGAGGGUAAUGACCUUUUGUGACAACAAGGAACUGAGGACACAGGCACUUGAUAUUUUCCGUACCCACAUGGGCAAGUUUGACUCCCAGGGAAGAAGAAAAUUAAUUCAGGCUUUGCUUCUCUCUGUCAAACAUGCUGGUGUGUUAGGACUAGUGAUCCAUGAACUCAAGGAAAAUGUUGCCUUAAAUCUGAGCAAAGAAAAUUUAGACCUAAAUUUCAGUGGCAGAAACUUAGUGGAACUUGUGAAGGCAGCUUGUGUGUUGCCUGAAGCUGAACAGACUGACCUUCUGGAGUGGAGUGACUGUAUCAUGGCUGCUCUCAAUCUGCUGAUAUUCCUGUUCAUCAGAGACAAGGAGAACAGAACAAAAGUAGCUGGUGUUUCUCAUAGUUUGAAGGAAGGGUAUUUGACUCAACUUCAAACAGGCUUGGACCUCAGCAAGGGACAUUAUGAACUGAAACUGAAAGAGCUUAGUGAGACACAGUGUAAAAAGAAAGAGGAUAAGCUGAGUGUGUGUGUAGGUGGACAGAUGUUACCCAACCUGCCUCGGGACCAAGAGAGGAAGGUUGUGGAGGCUGCCAUAUGCUCCCUGGACAUGAUGCAGUGUGUGCUGGUUAGAGCUGUGCAGGCCAUUGAAAAGAACAUAUAAUUUCUUAGCAGAAUUGCCUCUACUUUAUUUUAUGAUUUUGUUGAAUAAUGGAAGAAAAAUAACUUAUGAAUUUGUUCACAGUGAAAUAGCAAUGAAUAUCAAUAAGGUCUAUAGCUAUUCUUAAACAUUUUGGUGUCCUGUUUCAACUAUAUUAUAACUCCAUUAAUCUGAACACCGAUAGUCUGAAAUUCCCAAUUACCUGAAUUUUUAAAGAUUGGGUGAAAAAAUAAUUUUUUGCCAAAAUUACAUCUCUGCACAAAUUCAAAUCAGAUGACAAAUGCACCAUGGCAGAGAGGAGUGGAAGUAGAUGCUGCUAUUGAUGCUGCUUUUCCUAUUAAGUCCAUAACAAUAGAUAGUUCAGUACAUUAAUGAAUUAAAAAAAAUUGUUGUUUGAAUGACAUGGAAGUAUUGUAAUAUGUUAUGCCUGGGAUUUUAGGGGCAUGUGUGUGAGAAAUUGUUGUUUAUUGUGAGUGGUUGGAUGUAUUAGUGUUGGUGAUUAUUGCUUGUGAGAAGAGUGCUUGUUUAUUUGUUAAGAAUUAAGUUAAGUUUAUUUGUGGUGCAAAAGGCUUGUACUCUGUGUAGGAAUGUUUGUAAGAGGUUAGAGGUUGUGUCUACAGUUGAGUGUGUGUGUGUGUGUGUGUGUGUGUGUGUGUGUGUGUGUAAUGUCAUCUGGCUAAGAAGCUAUGGUCAAUUUCAGUGUCACCAAGGCUUAUGUUUUUCUUGUGAGACAUGUAGUGACCUGUAACCUAACUUUAACUUAAUUAUAUAUAAAAAUAUGAGGGUAAAAAAACCUACUACACAAAACAAAGCAAUGUAGUGAAUUGUUGGCAGUGCUGCUUACCAUUAUCAACGUGUGGUAGCUGCCACACCACCGUCAAAGCUGUAAUUUAUGUAUUUUUGGAGAUUUUCUGUGUGAUUUUCUUAAUUUUCAACCUCUUCUGGAACACAAGUUACUCAAUUCAGUGCUCUCUCACCACAAUUUCCCACAGAUCCCCCAAAAUUAUUUGGGAUGAGAGGUAGGCAUAAGUUGAAAAUAGUUGUAACUUGAAAACUAUCCAUCAGUGAAGGAAAUGAUAUAGAACAUCAUUCAGUUCACUACAUGUCUCACCAGAGAAACAAAAGCAACAUGAAAAAAUUGUUGGAUGUGUGAAAUAAAAAAUUGUCUUGUUAUGUGGAGGUCCUGGUGUGGUGAUGCUUUCAGGGGUACAUUGUGAUAUCCAACUAAUCCAAUAAUCCAACAUGCUCCUGGUCCCUUGCUCAUCUGAUUAACGAACAGACUUCUACUAUACUUGUAAUGGUGUUUUCAUGACUUGAACAAGGAUUCUACAACAUUAAUUGCAAAAACAGCAUUACAAUCUCACUAAUCUCUAACUUUUAAAUCAUCCCCAUGAAAGAACAAAGGAAUGCAAAAUAAGAAGAGAAAAUUUAGAUGUUGGAAAAUAUUGUUACUUACUGUGUUCAGUAGUGACCGCAUUGUGAUCACUGAGGUGCAUGAUUACUAGAUUGUUUAAAUGCUGGUACUUCGUUAACAUUGGGGAGAAAAGACAGUAGUUAGAGGCAGAGGGGUGCAAUUAGUUUGUGCAUACAUAAUUCAGUCAGCUGCAGUAUGUAUUCUUAUUCUCACCUGGUUCACUAAAUGUUCAUACAGUAUUUAUUGUUCUCACCAUAGGCAUUGUUUGUUAAGUGACUCAUUCUGUGGCUUGGACCUGCACUGCUUGAUCUUUGUUCAUGGUCUUUGCCUCACUUGUGUUUCUCUUGCCAUCUCAGUGUGUCUUUAUUUUAACUUGUGCUCACUGGGUAUUCUAGUGUUGUAGUGAUUCUCUCUCUCUCUCUCUCUCUCUCUCUCUCUCUCUCUCUCUCUCUCUCUCUCUCUCUCUCUCUCUCUCUCUCUCUCUCUCUCUCUCUCUCUCUCUCUCUCUCUCUCUCUCUCUCUCUCUCUCUCUCUCAUCCACCCCAUGUUUGGUUACUUUGCUGUUAAAGUGAAUAUGUGUAUGCUUGUAUGAAAUUUCUAUGAUUUAUGAUAUUUAUUUAUCAAUAAACUAUAAUAAUUUCUA